AUGAUUAACACUGUUGAAUUCGCCAAAGGGUUGCGAAUCUGUUCCCUCCUCCACCACCAUCCCACCCUUUCAACUAUCCGCCACCGCCACCCUCACAUUGUUUCACUCCUCCACCACCAUCACCGCACCACCCUGUGCUUCCACCACCAUACCCAGUUCCAACACCACCCAACUAUCAUAGUGAUUGUGUUUGUAUCCUUUGGAGGCCUUUUGUUCCUUUCAGUGCUGGCUUUUGCUCUGUUUUGCCUGAUCAAGAAGAUGAAAAAGAAGAAACAAGAAACUGAUAUCAUCCAUUUUGAUGAGCACAGGCAUGUCACUGAAGCCAUUGUGCCUGGCCCUUGUGGUGAGCAAGUGGUGGUGCUAUCAGUUGACGAUGAUGUCCACAUUGACGAAGAAAUCAUCAAGAAUGAGGAAUUUGGUCAUGCUUUGCAGGAAAAACAAUCAUCAACUGCCAAUGAAGGCAAUGAUCCUAGAAGCCCUGAUCAUGAUCAUCAGCAGAAAGCUUGAAAAUAAAAGACUUCAUUGAAAGAUUUGUGUUAUUAUUGAUCUUAAUCUUUCACACUUAAAGCUGUUUUUUUUUCUUCUUUCAAUGAUAUCCUCCUUGUUAAAAUUGACGAAUUCUCAACAUGUUGAUGAUGUAUUAUGUAUAAAUUCCUAUGUUGAUAAGACCAUAAACGGUUGCAUUUUAUCACACAUCAACAUUAACAUGCCAAUUUGGGAACUAAGAAUUCAGACAUGCAACUAUAUCACUGAGAUAAAAGAAAUGCUAAAAAUGUGACAAGAACAAGAAUUUGACAACAAUAUUUUUAUUUAUCAGAAACAGAAACUACACAAUGGCAGUAGGAAAAGGCCUAUCAUUCAUUCUCUACUUUCAAAAUCAAACUCCACAAACUCGAUAACUUUUAAAAGGGAUUACAAAAGACGUUUAUUUUUGUUUUUUUCUUUUUCUUU